CAGGAAAAAGAUCACUACUGCACGGAGGAGGAGGGAGCAGGAAAUGACAGCUAUGAAUAAUGACAGGCACCAGCUGAGAAAAUGGAAAGACUAGCAGGAAACCUACGGGGGGGGAGGGCGAGAGGGAAGGGGGCACUACCCCUGCGAGCGAGUCCACGUUGUACUUUCCCAUUCUCGCUCUUCGCACGUCCACCACCUUUUUUGUGCUCGGAAGUUAAAAGCGCGGACCCUUUAAGAGCCUGCGCUUGCGCCCUGUCGGCUUUCCCCUUUUCUCCGCCAGCGCGGGGUGGGUGGGGGCGAAGGAAGCACGAACUCUCAAGAGGCAGCGAACGUGAAACGGAGGGGUGGGGGGAGAUUUUGGCUCGCGUCACGUACCCUUUCCUCCCGCCGCGUCGCUGCUCGCGCGCGUUCGACGGGCGCGCACGAGAUCGAAACGGCAUGCACGCGUGCGCCGGCGCGCUCCCGCCCUUCGUGCGUGUGCGCGAUUCAAUCCCUCCAGCCGCUGUCGCGGGAACGCCGCCGCCGCCGCCAACCCGCCUCAGUCAGUCUCUCAGCCAGCCCUGAGAGGGAGAAAGGGAAGGCGAGGGAGCGGGCGGGAUUAUUAUGGGCUGUGGGUGCUGCUGUUGCUGAGGCUGAGCAAAGAUGGAGCUGUCUGCAGUGGGCGAGCGAGUCUUUGCGGCCGAAUCCAUCAUCAAGCGGCGGAUCCGAAAGGGACGCAUCGAAUACCUGGUGAAAUGGAAAGGCUGGGCCAUCAAGUACAGCACUUGGGAACCCGAGGAGAAUAUCCUGGAUUCUCGCUUGAUUGCAGCCUUUGAGCAAAAGGAACGUGAGCGUGAGCUUUAUGGACCUAAGAAGAGAGGACCUAAGCCUAAAACUUUUCUGCUAAAGGCUCGGGCCCAAGCAGAGGCCCUACACAUUGGGGAUGUACAUUUUUCUGUCAAGCCCGGUUCUAGCACAUCCUCACCAAAACUGCACUCCAGUGCUGCAGUGCACCGGCUCAAGAAGGACAUCCGAAGAUGCCACCGUAUGUCCCGGCGUCCAUUGCCCCGCCCAGAUCCACAGAACAGUGGAGUGGGUGGGAGCACUGGCAUACGCCCUCCUGUCUCUCCUUUCUCAGAGACUGUACGUAUCAUCAACCGCAAAGUGAAGCCUCGUGAGCCCAAGCGUAGUCGUAUUAUUCUCAAUCUGAAAGUCAUUGAUAAAAGUAGCAAAGCAGCAAGUGGGGGAGGAAGCUUGGCACGUCCUAAGAUCCCUUCCCGAAAUCGUGUAAUUGGUAAGAGCAAGAAGUUUAGUGAGAGCAUGCUUCGUAAUCAGAUCCGCCACAUGAAAUUUGGAAGCUUCCCUCUGUAUAACAAGCCAUCUGUCCCAGCCCCAUCAUUAGAGGGGAAGACAGAGGCAGGAGGUUCUCAAGGUGCUUCAUGUGGACUCAUGGGCUCUUCUGCCUAUGAUGCCCGCAGUUCCAGCUCCUCUGACUGCCCCUCACCAGCUCCACACUCCUCAUCUGAUCCAGAUGAUUCCCCACCAAAGCUGCUUCCUGAGAUUCUAAAUCCUGCCAUUCCUGACUGGCGCGAAUCUGAGGUCCUCGAUCUGUCAAUUCCACCUGAAUCAGCAGUGACCAGUAAGCAGUCUCCUUCCAGAGGGAGUGGAGUAGGUCAGAUCCCAUCAUCUCCAUUGUCUUCUGACCCAGAGCAGGAGGCUGGUGAUUGGCGACCUGAAAUGUCUCCAUGUUCUAAUGUGGUGGUUACUGAUGUCACCAGCAAUCUAUUAACGGUCACAAUCAAGGAAUUCUGCAAUGCUGAAGAUUUUGAAAAAGUGGCAGCAGCUGGAGGUGGUGGAGGAGGAGGCAGUAAAUGAAGGGGUGCG